AUGCGCGCCCCUGCCACCUCAACAGUCCGCGUCGCCGUCACCCAAGCCGAACCGGUGUGGCUGGAUCUCGACGCAACGGUCGCGAAGACAUGUACUCUGAUUGCUGAAGCCGCCAAAAAGGGCGCGCAGUUGAUCAGCUUCCCCGAAUGCUGGAUCCCGGGAUAUCCUGCUUGGAUCUGGUCCCGCCCCGUCGACAUGAACCUUUCAUCUCUGUACAUCCAAAACUCCUUGAAGGUCGACUCCCCGCAGAUGGCGACGAUCCAGCGCUGCGCGGCGGAGCACAAGAUCGCCGUGGUGCUGGGCUUCUCGGAGCACAUCCACCACUCCCUGUACAUCGCGCAGGCGAUCGUCGACUCGGACGGGAAGAUCCUCGCGCUGCGCAAGAAGAUCAAAGCCACGCACAUGGAACGGACCAUCUUCGGCGACUCGUUCGGCGACUGCCUCAACAGCGUGGUUGACACCACCGCUGCCGGGCGCGUCGGCGCCCUCUCGUGCUGGGAGCACAUCCAGCCCCUCCUCAAGUACCACACGUAUGCGCAGCGCGAGCAGAUCCACGUCGCCGCCUGGCCGCCGCUGUUCGACGCGGACAAUAAAGAGGAGUGUUUGUAUAGCAUGUCGCGCGAGGGAACCAUCGCCCUCGCCCGCACCUACGCAAUCGAAUCCCAGUCCUACGUGCUGCACACCACCGCCGUCAUCAGCCAGGCCGGGAUUGACAAGAUGCAGACCGCCACGGGGAGCAUGAUGAGCACCCCCGGAGGCGGCAGUUCGGCGAUCUUCGGGCCCGAUGGCCGCCUGCUUUCGGCGCCCAUCCCCAGCACGGAGGAGGGGAUCAUCUACGCGGACUUGGACCUGGAUGGGCCGAUUCAGCGGACGAGAGCCUUUGUCGAUGUCUGUGGGCAUUAUAGCCGACCGGAUUUGCUGUGGUUGGGGGUGGGGUCGCGAGACGGACGCCACGUAAGGGAGUAGAGGUAGACGUUGACGGGGUGGUGAAGAAUGGGUGGUCAAGACCAUGUACUGUCCAAUCUUGCUUUCAGUCGGUCGAGGCUUGGCAUGCAUCCUGUAUUUCUUCGUCUUCAGCUCUGCUUUCUGUCGCCUGUACUCUACAAGACAGGCGAGCUCUCACUCCCCACGGCUGUGUAUAUAUUUUCAAUUCUGGCAACAUCAAGAAUCU